AUGGGGCUGCAAGCGAGGCGCACGGCGUCCCGGAGCCCCGACGCUGCGGGCCCGUGCCCGGCCGUCCUGCCGCUGCUGCUGCCGCUGCUGCUGUGCCUGGGCGCCUGCGGGGCUGCGGCGCCGGGCGCGGCGGAGGCACCCACCCUCUAUCUGUGGAAGACCGGUCCAUGGGGCCGAUGCAUGGGAGACGAAUGUGGUCCAGGAGGCAUUCAGACCCGGGCUGUGUGGUGUGCUCAUGUGGAGGGAUGGACAACGUUGCAUACAAACUGCAAGCAGGCUGAGAGACCCAGUAACCAGCAAAAUUGUUUCAAAGUUUGUGACUGGCACAAAGAGUUAUACGACUGGAGGCUGGGACCCUGGAAUCACUGUCAGCCUGUGAUUUCAAAAAGCCUGGAGAAACCCCUUGAGUGCGUUAAAGGGGAAGAAGGCAUUCAGGUGCGAGAGAUAAUGUGCAUCCAGAAAGAGAAAGACAUCCCUGCGGAGGAUAUCAUUUGUGAGUACUUUGAGCCCAAACCUCUUCUGGAACAGGCCUGCCUCAUCCCCUGCCAGCAAGAUUGCAUUGUGUCUGAGUUUUCUGCCUGGUCGGAAUGCUCCAAGACUUGUGGCAGUGGGCUCCAGCACCGGACGCGUCAUGUGGUGGCGCCCCCCCAGUUUGGAGGCUCAAGCUGUCCAAAUCUGACUGAGUUUCAGGUGUGCCAGUCCAGUGCCUGUGAAGCUGAAGAGAGCAUGUACAGCUUGCAGGUGGGGCCCUGGAGCACGUGCUCAAUACCCCACUCGAGGCAAGUAAGACAAGCAAGGAGACGUGGGAAGAAUAAAGAACGGGGCAAGGACCGAGGGAAAGGAGUGAAGGAUCCGGAGGCCCGUGAACUGAUCAAGAAAAAGAGAAAUAGAAACAGACAGAACCGACAAGAGAACAAAUAUUGGGACAUCCAGAUUGGAUACCAGACCAGAGAAGUUAUGUGUACUAACAAGACGGGGAAAGCUGCUGCUUUGAGCUUUUGCCAACAAGAGAAGCUGCCGCUGACCUUCCAGGCCUGUGUGAUCACCAAAGAGUGCCAGGUGUCAGAGUGGUCUGAGUGGAGCCCCUGCUCAAAAACAUGCCAUGAUAUGGCAUCCCCUAAAGGCACCCGUGUGAGGACGCGGCUCAUCAGGCAGUUUCCUAUUGGCAGUGAGAAGGAGUGUCCAGAACUUGAGGAAAAAGAACCCUGUGUGUCUCAAGGAGAUGGAGUUGCCCCCUGUGCCAUGUAUGGCUGGAGGACUACAGAGUGGACUGAGUGCCGUGUGGAUCCUCUGCUCAGUCAGCAGGACAAGAGGCGGGGCAACCAGACGGCCCUCUGCGGAGGAGGGGUCCAGACCCGAGAGGUGUACUGCGUGCAGGCCAAUGAGGACCUCCUCUCACACUUAAACACCCACAAGGACAAAGAAGCCUCAAAACCAGUGGACUUGAAAUCAUGUGCUGGCCCUAUCCCUAAUACGACACAGCUGUGCCACAUUCCCUGUCCUGUUGAAUGUGAGGUUUCAACUUGGACAGCUUGGGGACCUUGUACUUACGAAAAUUGUAAUGACCAGCAAGGCAAAAAAGGUUUUAAACUGAGGAAACGGCACAUUACCAAUGAGCCCACUGGAGGCUCUGGGGGCGCUGGCAACUGCCCUCACUUACUGGAAGCCAUUCCCUGUGAGGAGCCAUCCUGCUAUGACUGGAAAGCAGUGAGGCUAGGAGACUGUGAACCAGAUAAUGGAAGGGAGUGUGGUCCAGGCACUCAAAUUCAAGAGGUUGUGUGCAUCAACAGUGAUGGAGAAGAAGUUGACAGACAGCUGUGCAGAGACGCCAUCUUCCCCAUCCCUGUUGCCUGCGAUGCCCCAUGCCCCAAGGACUGUGUGCUCAGCACGUGGUCUGCAUGGUCGUCCUGCUCCCACACCUGCUCGGGGAAAACCACAGAAGGGAAACAGAUACGAGCACGGUCCAUCCUGGCCUAUGCAGGAGAGGAAGGUGGAGCUCAGUGUCCAAAUAGCAGUGCUUUGCAAGAGGUGCGCAGCUGUAACGAGCAUCCCUGUACUGUGUACCACUGGCAAACUGGUCCCUGGGGCCAGUGCAUCGAGGACACCUCAGUUUCAUCCUUCAACACAACUACAACUUGGAACGGGGAGGCCUCUUGCUCUGUUGGCAUGCAGACAAGAAAAGUCAUCUGUGUGCGGGUCAAUGUUGGCCAAGUGGGACCCAAAAAGUGUCCUGAAAGCCUUCGACCUGAAACAGUGAAGCCCUGUCUGCUUCCUUGUAGGAAGGACUGUAUCGUGACGCCAUACAGUGACUGGACAUCAUGUCCUUCCUCAUGUAAAGAAGGGGACUCCGGAAUCAGGAAGCAGACACGGCACCGGGUCAUCAUUCAGCUGCCAGCCAAUGGAGGCAAGGACUGCACGGAUCCUCUCUAUGAAGAGAAGGCCUGCGAGGCCCCUCAGGUGUGCCAAAGCUACAGGUGGAAGACUCACAAAUGGCGCAGGUGCCAGUUAGUCCCUUGGAGCGUGCAACAGGACAGCCCUGGAGCGCAGGAGGGCUGUGGGCCCGGACGGCAGGCAAGAGCCAUUACUUGUCGAAAGCAAGAUGGUGGACAGGCUGGUAUCCAUGAGUGUCUCUGGUAUGCAGGCCCCGUGCCAGCCCUCACCCAAGCCUGCCAGAUCCCCUGCCAAGAUGACUGUCAGUUUACCAGCUGGUCUAAGUUUUCUUCAUGCAGUGGAGACUGUGGUGCAGUUAGGACCAGGAAGCGCACCAUUGUUGGAAAAAGUAAAAAGAAGGAAAAAUGUAAAAAUUCUCAUUUGUACCCCCUGAUUGAGACGCAGUAUUGUCCCUGUGACAAGUAUAAUGCACAGCCUGUGGGGAACUGGUCAGACUGCAUUUUGCCAGAGGGGAAAGUGGAAGUGUUGCUGGGAAUGAAGGUACAAGGAGACAUCAAGGAAUGUGGUCAAGGAUAUCGUUACCAAGCAAUGGCAUGCUACGAUCAAAAUGGCAGACUCGUGGAGACAUCCAGAUGUAACAGCCAUGGUUACAUUGAAGAGGCCUGCAUCAUCCCCUGUCCCUCAGACUGCAAGCUCAGUGAGUGGUCCAAUUGGUCACGCUGCAGCAAGUCCUGUGGGAGUGGUGUGAAGGUUCGGUCUAAAUGGCUGCGUGAAAAACCCUAUAAUGGAGGAAGACCAUGCCCGAAACUGGACCAUGUCAACCAGGCCCAGGUGUAUGAGGUCGUCCCUUGCCACAGUGACUGCAGCCAGUACAUAUGGGUUACAGAGCCAUGGAGCAUCUGCAAGGUGACCUUUGUGAACAUGCGGGACAACUGUGGAGAGGGCGUGCAAACCCGAAAAGUGAGAUGCAUGCAGAACACGGCGGAUGGCCCUUCUGACCAUGUAGACGAUUACCUCUGUGACCCAGAAGAGAUGCCUCUGGGCUCUAGAGAGUGCAAAUUACCAUGUCCCGAGGAUUGUGUGAUAACUGAAUGGGGUCCGUGGACCCGAUGCACUUUGCCUUGCAAUCAAAGCAGUUUCCGGCAAAGGUCAGCUGAUCCCAUCAGACAACCUGCUGAUGAAGGAAGAGCCUGCCCUGAUGCUGUUGAGAAGGAACCCUGUAACCUGAACAAAAACUGCUUCCACUAUGAUUAUAAUGUAACAGACUGGAGUACGUGCCAGCUGAGUGAGAAGGCAGUUUGUGGAAAUGGCAUGAAAACAAGGAUGUUGGAUUGUGUUCGAAGUGAUGGCAAGUCGGUUAACCUGAAAUAUUGUGAAGAGCUUGGCCUGGAGAAAAACUGGCAGAUGAACACGUCCUGCAUGGUGGAAUGUCCUGUGAACUGUCAGCUUUCUGACUGGUCUCCUUGGUCAGAGUGUUCUCAAACAUGUGGCCUCACAGGAAAAAUGAUCCGAAGAAGAACAGUAACCCAGCCCUUUCAGGGUGAUGGAAGACCAUGCCCUGCCCUGAUGGAACAGUCUAAGCCUUGCCCAGUGAAGCCCUGUCAUCGGUGGCAAUACAGCCAGUGGUCUGCAUGCCAAGUGCAGGAUGCCCAGUGUGGUGAAGGGACCAGAACAAGGAAUAUUUCUUGUGUAGUGAGUGAUGGGUCAGCUGAUGAUUUCAGCAAGGUAGUGGAUGAAGAAUUCUGUACUGAUAUCGAACCCAUUAUAGAUGGUAAUAAAAAAGUGGUUCUUGAGGAAACCUGCACCCAGCCUUGCCCAGGUGACUGUUAUUUGAAGGAGUGGUCUUCCUGGAGCCUGUGUCAGCUGACCUGUGUGAAUGGUGAGGACCUAGGUUUUGGUGGAAUACAGGUCCGUUCCAGAGCGGUGAUUAUACAAGAGCUAGAGAAUCAAUAUCUGUGCCCAGAGCAGAUGUUAGAAACAAAAUCAUGUGAUGAUGGACAGUGUUAUGAGUAUAAAUGGAUGGCGAGUGCUUGGAAGGGCUCUUCCCGAACAGUCUGGUGUCAAAGAUCAGAUGGUAUAAAUGUAACAGGGGGCUGCUUGGUGGUGCACCAGCCUGAUGCUGACAGGUCUUGUAAUCCACCGUGUAGUCAACCUCACUCGUACUGUAGCGAGACGAGGAUGUGCAGUUGUGAAGAAGGGUACACUGAAGUCAUGUCUUCCAAUGGUACACUUGAGCAAUGCACACUUAUCCCCGUGGUGGUGAUACCCACUGUGGAGGACAAAAGAGGAGAUGUGAAAACCAGUCGGGCAGUACAUCCAACCCAACCCUCCAGUAACCCAGCAGGACGGGGAAGGACCUGGUUUCUACAGCCAUUUGGGCCAGAUGGUAGACUAAAGACCUGGGUUUACGGUGUAGCAGCUGGGGCAUUUGUGUUACUCAUCUUCAUUGUCUCCAUGAUCUAUCUAGCUUGCAAAAAGCCAAAGAAACCCCAAAGAAGGCAAAACAACCGACUGAAACCUUUAACCUUAGCCUAUGAUGGAGAUGCAGACAUGUAG